GACAGCGCAGGCUUGGGAUCGCAUAUCGCCGGAUUAUUUAUACUAACUGCCGCUAUGGAUACUGGAUUUUUAUUAUCACCCAGAGGAAGAAUUCCCAGUUGACAUGGAUGUAAUCCUGGGGCACAUCAUUUGCAGGUUAUGAAAAAAAACAGAAGUCACACAUUCUCCUGAGAGUGUUAUUUUGAAGCUGGUAACAUCCGACUUGGAUGAUUUUCUCUUGCUCUGUGUUUAUCGGUCAGUGAUGGUUGUCGUGAACAGGGGACUGUACCAACAUGCAUGUAAUGAAUUGUGUCUCCUUGGUCAAUGAUAAAGAAAAUGGGGAUUGCAAUGUGUCCGUAACAGAGUUAAUGCUUGAACAUUCUCUUCCGCCACCGCCUCCCCCACCUCCUCCUCCCCCAUUUCCCUUUCAAAAUUCUGGAUUUCAUGCUGUACCACCACCUCCGCCUCCUUUACCUGGGGCUCCGCCACCUCCCCCACAACUACAGAAUGGACACGGCCAUCAUGGUAAGAAGAAGAGAUUGCGAAGCUUUUUCUGGAAAACCAUUCCUGAGGAGCAGGUGCGUGGUAAAACUAAUAUUUGGACCAUGGCUGCCAGGCAGCAUCAAUACCAGAUUGAUACAAAGACAAUUGAGGAAUUGUUUGGUCAGCAUGAGGAUACUAAGCCCGGGGUGGUGAAACAGAAUGGAAGCACAACGCCUACCUUCUGGGAAACCAAGGAAGAGAUUUCAAUUUUGGACUCAAAACGAAGCAUGAAUAUUGGAAUAUUUUUGAAACAAUUCAAAAAGUCGGCUGAGCAAAUCGUUGAAGACCUUCGUAAGGGGAGCUGUGACCUGUAUGACUCUGAGACUCUGCAAGAGGUUCUUAAGCUGUCUCCAGAAGCAGAAGAGAUAAAGAAACUAAAAUCAUUUAGUGGGGAUGUUGCCAAACUCUCUCUGGCUGACUCUUUCAUGUACUUGCUUAUUCAGGUGCCAAGUUUCAAGCUUCGGAUAGAAGCCAUGGUGCUGAAGAAGGAGUUUUCACCUUCCUACUCCUCAUUGAGUAAAGAUAUGAUGAUCAUCAGAAUUGCUACAAAAGAGCUGAUGUCCUGUGAACAGCUUCAUUCUAUUUUGUUCUUGGUUCUCCAGGCUGGGAACUUUAUGAAUGCAGGAGGCUACGCUGGGAACGCGGCUGGCUUUAAGUUGUCGUCAUUGCUGAGGCUUGCAGACACUAAAGCAAACAAGCCUGGGAUGAAUCUGCUACACUUUGUGGCUCUGGAAGCCCAAAAGAAAGAUGCAACUCUCUUGACGUUCUCCGAAAAGCUGCAACAUGUUAAUGAAGCUGCCAGAUUAUCCGUGGAUAACAUUGAUGCAGAAUUAAAGUCCUUGACAACAAAAACGAAAUCUGUCAAAGACCACGUCAGGCAGGAUCCUGAACUCUUGCAGCAAAUGGAGAAUUUUCUUCAGGUUGCUGUGAAAGAGCUGAAAGAGCUGGAGAGGCAAAGAUCCGACCUAGAAAAAGAGGGACACAUGCUUAUUGAUUUCUUCUGUGAAGAUAAAGAAACCAUGAAACUUGAUGAAUGCUUCCAGAUAUUCAGAGAUUUCUGUGACAAGUUUAAUAAAGCUGUGAAGGAGAACAAGGAGAGAGAAGUACAACAUCUUCGGCAACAGAAGCGAUUGAAGGAACUAGAACAAAAACGGCAUUCCUGGGUAGCUGGGGACAAUGGAGGAUUUGGAAGGAGUAGUAGUGAAAAUGAUGUGGAAUUACUGGCAAAAAAUGGACUUGAAGACUUCUUACCUUUCCUUCAGCAAAGACCACAAAGUCCUUUAAGUAGGAAUAGUAGUUCAAGGCGUUCCCGCCUCUCCUUAGGAGUCACAGCAGAACGAGAACUUCAAAUGUACUUGGAAGCUCCAGAAGGUGAUGAAACCAGCAAAUUUAACAGUCUACCCAGAGCUAACUCACGCCAGCCACGACCAUCAGUAGCUUGGAUGGAUCCCAAAGAGAAAAAAGAUCCAAAUAAACUUAAAUUGCACUUUAAUAAAAAUGAAGCCUUCAACAGCCUGCAUCCAUUACCAACAGUGCUUAUAAGUAGUUUAGAAGAUGACCAGGAUGCAAAUACUGCCAUUACUAACAUGAAUUGCAAAUUGGAAGACACAGACCGCAACAAUAACAGACCACAUGUUUACCAGCCUAGAGAUGAUAAUCCUCACACAAAGCCUCCUCCUCUAAGUCCCCUGGCAAUAAGUGUGGAAGAACAUGAAUUAGUUAAGCAAUUAAAACAAUUUGAUUUGCAAGAUUCUGUGAAUGAAAAUUUAGAAGACCAAUGUUCAACUGAACCUUCAGAAGAUUUGAGCAUCAGUUCAUUAAGCAGUGCUGAUGAUGACAAUACAUUCUUACCCAGCAAUAACACCAAAGACAUCAUCACUGACCCAAAACGCUCAAAACAUGGCAGUGAUAUAAUAGCAGCUCCUAAAAGUGUCAAUGCUAACACAUCUGUAAAUUCAAGUAAUUUUGAUAGAGAAGGGCACAAAUCAUUGUUUUAUGUCGCAGGAAGUACUGAUAGCUCAUUAGCAUUGAACUGCUCUGAGGGACAAAAUGUAGAAUGUGAGACAGAAGACCAAAAAAUCAGCAAAAAAGAGUCUUUAGAUGGUAAUCGGCCCUUGUAUCUAAGCCCAAAGUCAUUUGAUUAUGGUCAAUCUGGUUGUAAAGUUGAUGAUACUAAAAAGACCAAUUAUUCCAAGGAAAAUAGUGUAAAAGGAAAAGAUCUUUUUAAAAGAAGUUCCUCAUUAAGAGAGAGAACCCCUAGCUCCACAAAGACUUAUAAUAGUCGUCCUAGUAAUCCUGCCACAACAAAACCUGUACGUAUGCUGAAUGAUUCAGAGCAUGAGACUAUGAGAAAAGUUGUCCCCAUUUCCAAGUCCACCACACGAAGCAGUAUAAAGCGUACAGAACGAAGAAGCUCUGUCCGAGAUACAAGUGUCAAUGAAAUAAAACCAACAAACCGCCAAUCAAUUAGAGCAAAAAAUGAAAACUUGCCUAAAAGUUCCUCUAAGCCCAACACGCCUACAGAGGAACCACAGCUGCAAAGAGGAGAUAGUUUCAUAUCAAAUAGUUCUCGUUUUCAGAGAGACCAGCCUCAACUCAGAAAUUCUUUCAAAAAGCCAGCAGCAAAGCCAGUUAGAAAUGUUCCUAAAUCAAAGUUAGAUGAGACAAAAAUAUGUCGCACAAAUAGCAAAGUUGUAAACAGUUCAGAACCUACCAAAACUCCACCUGCUGCUAGUGUCAAAACUUCAACAUCAACCCCAAGCUUUGCAAGGAACACUAUAGCAUCUUCCUCUCGGCGUGCAAAGGAUGCUCCACCAUCACCACCAGCAAAACCCACAAAUUUUACUAGAUCUAGUUCCCUCCGGCAGUCUAAGGGAAAGGUUGAGCAAAUGACUAAGGAUACAAAUCCAAAGGAUAAUGGCAGCGUGGUUACACCCAAAAGAAUUAAUAGUGUGAAAGUUAAUGUAAGGACAACAGGUUCUGUUAACAGCUCCACAAUCAAGUCUGACACUGUACCAAAUGAUACAAAUAUGGUGGAUAAAUCUUUAAAACUUAAGGACACAAGCAAGGGCACAUUGGGUAAAAUAUUAAAACCUUUACUGAAGUGAGUGUUAUGUAAUUGAAUGUUUUAUGGUAUAUUGACAACCCCUAUUUGGGCGACUAUAUGACAGAGGGAGGCAAUCUGCCAUUUUCACAGCUAUGUGGAUAUUCCCUGCAGAUAAUAAUUUUGGAUUGCAACGGGACACACACAUUGUGUCUGAAAGUGUACUUGUAUACUGUUUUUGCAGAAUCAUGAAGGAAUUAAGACGACCAGGAAGAAAAUGCAAGUUGUAUUACCCAGUUGCUAUGGUUAAAGCAAAUCUUUGUUUGAGUCAUGAGAGGAUUCUACUAUAAUGUUAAGAAUUCUAAGGGGCAUUUGUACCCCCAGAAAGUACAAGUAUGUUACUAAUAUUGAGUGGCUGCUUUUGGCUAAUGGAAGCAUUGCUUUUGCAGAUAUUGACUGAAAUUGAAAGACUCUGCUGGGUGGAGUCUUUGUCUCUAGCGAUUUGAAUGGUGUAAGUGUAUUUUUUUUUUUUUUAACUGCAAAACAAGACUGUAGAGGGAGACUCGAACAUUGUGAUAAAACACAGGUACCCACUUUCUGGAAAGCAAAAGUGCCAUAUAUUUAUAAUACUUUAUCAACGGUGUUACAGUUCUGUAUUUUAAAGUCUUUGUCUUUGUUAAGAGCACUUCAACCAUUCCAUGUCCUUUUUGUGGUGGUUAUUUGCUUUAUUGUUCUUGUGUGAAUGCUGCUGUUGGACUUUUUGUGUAAGCUUUGAUAAAAAGAUCUCUCUGUUCCUCAUCCUCCUCCUGCUCCUUUGAUCAAAAAGAGAGGAACACACUGGUUGUGAAUAGUAAUCAUGUUCCGUUUUUUUCAGUUCCCUUUUAACACAUUAAUAAGCUGCAAAACUACAUCUUGUAAAUUAAAAAAAAAAAGUAAAUACAAAUUUGAUUCAUAA